CCCAUGUAAAGAGUAGUAAAUUAAGUAGGAGAAUACAAGGAAAGGAAACAUUGGUGGUGCGGAGGAGUGAGAGAAUGAGCGGUGAGAAGAGAAAAAUUCUGAUUUUCGGUGGCUGCGGCUACCUUGGCAAAUUCAUGGUGAAGGCAAGCGUUUCCUUGGGCCAUCCCACAUUUGUCUACACUCGCCCUCUCAACCCACAUCCUCCCAACGCUCCUACUUCCAAGUUUCUUCUUCUCAAGGAUUUUGAAUCCAUGGGAGUCACCAUUUUCUAUGGGGAGCUUGAUGAGCAUGAGAAGCUAGUUUCAGUGCUUAGACAGGUUGACGUUGUCAUCUCCACAUUAGCAGUCCCACAACAUCUUGACCAAUUCAAAAUAAUAAAAGCCAUCAAAGACGCUGGCACAAUUAAGAGGUUUGUGCCAUCAGAAUUCGGAAAUGAAGUGGACAGAUCAAGAAAUGCACUUCCACCAUUUGAAGCUUUACUUGGCAACAAAAGGAAGAUCAGAAGGGCAGUUGAGGAAGCUGGAAUCUCAUUCACUUACGUAGCUGGAAAUUCAUUUGCAGCCUAUUUUGUUGACAUCAUUCUUCAUCCUCAUCAGAAUCCUUCAGAAGUUGUGGUUUAUGGAAGUGGGGAAGCCAAGGUUGUAUUCAACUAUGAGGAAGAUGUAGCAACCUAUACCGUAAAAGCAGCGACAGAUCCAAGGGUAGCCAAUCGUGUAAUCAUAUAUAGACCGCCAGGAAAUAUUGCUUCUCAGUUGGAACUCAUUUCUGCAUGGGAGAAAAAGACUGGCCGGACUUUGAAAAGAGUUUAUGUUCCUGAGGAGGAACUCGUGAAGCUCUCUGAGACCAUGUCUUUCCCGGACAACAUUCCGGUGGCGGUUUUACACAACAUAUUCGUAAAAGGAGAACAAAUGAGGUAUGAAGUGACGGGAGACGAUUUGGAGGCCUCCAAGCUUUAUCCUGACUAUAAUUAUACUUCCAUUGAUAAGUAUCUUGAUGUAUGCUUGGUUGACCCUCCUAAACCCAAAUUAGCUGCUUUCGCUUGAUCCCCGCCUACGCAUAUGUAUUUCUCAUUUUGGAAUGACAAAGAUAGGUUGUUCCAUGGUCGGUCUGGUUGGAUUUGGAUGUCUCAUGGUGGUGUCGUUUUGUUCUUUCUCAUUUGAUUUACACUAUGACAAAGAUGUGUAUGCUUGUUGACUUUUAAAAUAUUUUAAAUAAAAUUUCAUUCUAGUUAAAUUUGCAA